AUGAAUUUAGCAGACACUCUCAGCAGAUCGUAUCUCAGUGAGACGAAGGAAAACCUUGUUCCAGACAUUUCAGUGAAUGAUAUUCACUUGAUAUCAUACUUACCAGUUUCUCCAAUGAAAUAUGAAGAGUUCAAGAAAGCUACAGCAAAUGAUGCAGAAUUGCAAUCACUACUUGAUACAGUAUUAGAGGGAUGGCCAGACUCGAAAGCUGAAGUUCCAGAUGAGAUCAGGAUGUACUGGAAUAUUCGAGACGAAAUCUCGUGUGUUGAUGGACUUUUAUUCAAAAGUCACAAGUUGAUCAUCCCGCAGUCAAUGAAAACAGAAAUGCUGAACCUGAUUCAUAGCUCCCACUUGGGAAUUGUAAAGUGUAAGAGCAGGUCCAAAGAUGUGAUGUAUUGGCCAGGAAUGUCUAAAGACAUUGAGAAAAUUGUAUCACAGUUUGAAGUAUGUGCACAGCACUCUACAUCAAACCCGAAGGAACCACUUAUUCCACUAGAAGUACCUGAUAGACCAUGGGCCAACAUUUCAGCAGACAUCUUUGAGUUUGAGAACCAACAAUAUCUGGUAUCAGUUGAUCAUUACUCAAAAUGGCCAGAAGUCGUAAAGUUACCUGGACUUAGCAGUUAUGCUACCAUUCAGUGUCUGAAGGAAUUCAGAGACUUUAGCAAAGAGUACGGUUUUGUUCAUGUGACUUCAUCACCCCAUUUCCAGCAAGCCAAUGGACAAGCAGAAAGAACAGUUAGAACAGUCAAGAACUUGUUGUGUAAAGCCAAAGACCCAUACAAAUCUUUGCUUGACUAUCGUAAUACCAACAUCGAAGAAAUCGGUUUGUCACCUGCACAAAUGUUCUUAGGCAGAAGACUAAAAACAGAUCUUCCUACUGCUUCUCCACUCUUAUCAGCAGUAAUAUCAUCAAAUGAUCUGAAGAUGCGAAUGGAAACCAGAAAGACCAGACAGAAGUUAUAUUUUGACAGACAUGCAGGCAGAGAACUUCGACCACUUCACUUAGAAACAGAAAUCUCCGAUUCAGCCAACACAACAAAAACCAAAGAAACAGCUGAAGAAAAUCUACAAGAGGUCGCAAGCACACCGCAAUCCUCAGACCUGCCGAAACUCCCUGAAACCAUCACACCGUCAUCCACCAUCGUAACCAGGUCAGGACGUGUCGUGAUUCCACCAAAGAAAUUUGACGACUUCACCAAAUAA